AUGGUGGCCUUGUUGCCGCUUGGUUUCUCCGCAGUGUUCUCCGCAUUUGCCUAUGCCGGUGGCUUCGUCUUGAUCACAGGCGGCUUGGUCGUAGCUUUCUUUCUUUACGAUGCCUCAACAUAUCGCGAGGAUCUGUCCUAUACCGAUAUACCAGUCUCGGAAAACGCUCUGGAGCCAAGAAGAGGAGGACCAAAAAACCUACCGAUAGCAGAGGUACUGGUGGAUGAUGAUGACUGCCCCGAGAAUUCAAAGCAGAAACACAAGCCAAAGUUGGUCCUCUUGGGUAGCGGUUGGGGCAGCGUAGCAAUACUCAAGACGCUGAACCCCGAGGACUACCAUGUCACUGUUGUGUCGCCCGUCAACUAUUUCCUUUUCACCCCCAUGUUACCAUCGGCCACUGUUGGUACGCUAGAGUUGCGCUCGUUGGUGGAGCCCAUUCGGCGCAUUGUGAGCCGAGCAAAGGGGCAUUUCCUAAAGGCCGAAGCAGUCGACGUGGAGCUGUCCGAGAAGCUUUUGGAAGUGGCACAGACCAAUGCACAGGGCGAAGAAUGCCACUUUUACCUUCCCUACGAUAAAUUGGUCCUUGGUGUUGGCGCUACCACCAAUCCUCAUGGCGUCAAGGGUUUAGAGAAUUGCCAUUUCCUCAAAGACAUCGAGGACGCGCGCUUAAUUAGAAACAAAGUAAUGCAAAACCUAGAGCAGGCUUGCAUGCCUACAACUUCUGACGAAGAACGUCGACGGCUGCUGUCCUUUGUUGUCAGCGGUGGUGGGCCUACCGGGGUGGAGUUUGCGGCCGAGCUAUUCGACAUGCUGAAUGAGGAUCUGGGCCGGUCGUUUCCCAAGAUCCUUAGGAACGAAAUCUCGGUCCAUGUCAUACAGAGCAGGGGUCACAUUCUAAACACAUACGACGAAGCUUUAUCAAAGUUCGCCGAAGCUAGAUUUGCGCAUGACCAGGUGGAGGUACUAACAAAUUCUCGUGUCAAAGAAGUACAGAAGGACAAGAUCCUUUUCAGCCAAAAGGAUGAAAAGGGAGAGACUGUCACCAAAGAACUUCCAAUGGGCUUCUGUCUCUGGUCCACCGGUGUUGCUCAGACUGAGCUUUGUAAAAGGAUCGCAGACAAAAUCGACGUUCAAACCAACAAACAUGCCUUGGAAACAGACACACAUUUGCGCCUUAAUGGUGCUCCGCUUGGCUCUGUAUACGCCAUUGGAGAUUGCUCCACAGUCCAAAACAAUGUUGCAGAUCAUCUCGUCCACUUCCUGCGCUCGAUGGCAUGGGAAAAGGGCAAGGAUCCCGAAAAGAUGGAAAUUACCUUUCCGGAAUGGCGCGAUGUUGCUCAACGAGUUAAGAAGCGCUUUCCACAAGCCGCAGAUCAUCUAAGGCGGCUUGAUAAGCUCUUUGAACAAUAUGACAAAGACCAAAAUGGAACACUAGACUUCGGCGAGCUUCACGAACUACUGCUUCAGAUUGAUUCGAAAAUCACUUCACUUCCAGCAACAGCGCAGCGCGCCCAUCAGCAAGGCCAGUAUCUGGGACGCAAGCUUAACAAAUUGGCGCAGGCGGCGCCUGGAAUGAUGGUCAACGAAGUUGACUAUGGCGAUUUAGACGAAGCUGUCUACAAAGCGUUUGAGUAUCAUCAUUUGGGUAGUCUGGCAUAUAUCGGCAACUCGGCCGUUUUCGAUUUCAAUGGAUUGAGUUUCAGUGGCGGCUUGAUGGCAGUAUACCUGUGGAGAAGCGUGUACUUUGCGCAGAGCGUGAGUCUCAGGACAAGGAUGUUGUUGGCCAUGGAUUGGAGCAAGAGGGCUUUGUUCGGAAGAGACAUGAUGAACUACUAG